AUGCGUCGUCCUUGGUUCCGUUCCUAUUUACUAAUCAUCAUUAGUUUGACUUUGUUCGUCAACUGUAGUCAAGUUGUAAAGAGUCCAUGGGAUUCGUCCCUUAAUCCGGAUGUUCUGAUGAGAAAUUGUACAAUUGGAGAACUAUGUACGGGUUCUAUCAACUCGACUACUGUACAUUAUUUUUCGUUACAAUACUCAUUUACACCAUCGACCACUGUCCGUGUAACGACGAGUAUGAAGUAUGAUAUCAAACAAGAUGCUCCAAUUCUAGUUGUUGUUCGACAAAUUCGUGGUAUCGUCUCUUGGACAUUACCAUAUGCUUUUUCUAACGGGAUGCUUUACUCGAGUGUUGCGCGUAUAUUGUGUAUAUACAACGAAGCCAAUCGCACUCGUCCACAUACAGGCACCGUUUUCAUUGAAAUCUCUACAUCGAAUAUGAAUUUGAUUGAUUAUUCAAUCCAAAUUGAUAAUGUCAAAGAAUAUUCUCUUCAAGAAGGUGUUAAAACACAAUUUACGGUAUCUCCAUCAAUGCCUGUUUAUUACAGUUAUAAAUUUCCUCCCCAUAUCAAGAGUGUUUUUAUUGAGAUUCAAUCGAAAGAUGACCUUUGCACGAGUGUUUCUGUUCAGUCAUUUGACUGUCCGGUUUACGAUGUAAACGAAAUUGGUGUCAAACAAGGACAUUAUCAAACUAUGUCCAAAAGUGCUUCGUUCAAUGUUUACUCGAAUGAGUUCCCUAAUCGAGAUGAAUUUCUCACUGUUUUUUCCGUUAAACCAGUCGAUGUGGAUUGUUUGAACUCGAAAGAAUCAGCCACGAUACAGCCAGCGGGUUUUAUCGACAUUCAAAGAACGAAAAACGUGACAAUAACAAUUCAUUCGACUGCUUAUUAUUCUUAUCUGAUGAUUACUAUUUUUGUUACUCUUGGAAUAUUCGCCCUGGUUUAUAUAAUUGCAUUUAUUAUUAUGUGUAAAAAUCCCGAUCUCUAUGAUCAUCUCGCUCCAGAUCAGUCGUAUUUGUUACCACAGCAAAAUGAACGUGAGCUUGUUGAUCGUCGAGCGAGUGAGCAACCUGUGCCAAUACUUGAAGAAGGAGACAAUCAUAAUGUUACAUCGACUAGACCUGAACUCGAACGUCAAACAACUGUUCUUGAUGUUAUUCAAACAUCUGGCCGUGGUUUUGUUACUGUCACUGAUUUAUGUGUAAAAGAUUAUGAAUAUCUGAGACGACAAUUUCGAAUCUAUCCACAUACAAUGCUUACUAUAGCAAUAUUCUAUUCGUUGCCAGUCAUUCAACUUGUUUUACAAUAUCAGUUAAAUAUCGAUUCGAUUGGAAACGAAGAUAUUUGCUAUUUUAACUUUCUAUGCACUCGACAAUUGUUUAACUUAACUGCAUUUAAUAACAUCUUAUCCAACAUUGGUUAUUGUGCACUUGGCCUAUUGUUCUUUAUCAUAGUUUAUCGAAGAGACGUAUCUUAUUGCCGAUAUCUAGAAAAAUAUCCAGAAAUGGGAAAAAAAUCUGGCAUUCCCCAACACUUCGGGUUAUUCUAUGCCAUGGCUAUUGGCCUAUUCAUGGAAGGUAUAAUGAGUGCAUGCUAUCAUGUAUGUCCAUCACGGCAGAACUUUCAGUUCGAUACAAGUUUCAUGUAUAUUAUUGCCGUAUUGAAUAUCAUCAAAAUCUAUCAAAGACGACAUCCUGAUAUUAAUCCUCGUUCAGCGAGUGCAUUUUCCUUUCUAGCUGUUAUCAUUUUUGUCAAUGUUAUUGGAGUGUAUUUUGAUAAAUUAUGGUUCUGGAUAACUUAUUGUAUCGUUCAUAUUGUCACAUGCUUAACACUCAGUGCGAAGAUUUACUAUAUGGGAAGAUUGAAAAUCUCGUUACGUAUUCACAUUCAUUUGUAUCGAUUGAUGAAAGAAAAUGGCUUCUUUUCUCGUCCACGGUAUAUGAAUCGUAUGGGUAUAUUAAUUCCUGGUAAUUUUAUCAAUAUCGGUUUUGCACUGUACGGUGCUAUUAGACAACCUGAAUCAUUUCCGAAUCACCUUCUCUUUGUUUUUCUCGGGAAUUUAGCUUUAUAUUUAGUCUAUUAUAUUAUCAUGAAAAUGAUCCAUCGUGAACAUUUUACUCGAUUUUCCAUCCUGUUUCUCGUACUAUCUACGUGUUUUUGGGCAUCAUCAUUAGACUUUUUCUAUAGUGAAGUGAAGAGCUAUGAAGUUCAACCGGCGAUUUCUCGAGCGCUGAACCAAAAGUGUAUGCUACUAGAUACUUAUGAUGCUCAUGAUAUCUGGCAUCUACUAUCAUCAUUCGGACUGUUCUUUUCGUUUCUAUCGAUAUUAACAAUCGACGAUGGUGUUCAAACAAAACCGCGAAAAGCACUGGCAGCUUUUUAG